AUGCCUUCAUCCUCCCCUCAGGGCACUCCAGAGCGCUCACAGAAGAAGCGAGAUCGCGAUCCAGACACCGACGAAUCAGAUAGCAAAAAACGACGAAGGAAGGAAAGGAAGGAGAAGAAGAAGGAGAAGAAGAAGGAGAAGAAGGAGAAGAAGAAGGAGCAGAAGAAGGACGAGAAGUCCUCCCCUUCCUCGUCUCGCAAAGAGCAGAAAAGCCUCCAGCCUAUCCCAGAAGAGAUAGAAGAGACACCCCCGCCGCAGUCGUCGUCUUCCCGGAAGCAUCCCCGAGUGAGUGGGAAUCAGUGCAAUCUGAAGCCGAGUCCGACAGCGAAGGUUCCGCAGCAGGCACAACAGCAGGCCCAGCAGGCCCAGCAACACACUCCGCAAAGUGCUCAGCAGCACGCACAGCAGCAGGCCCAGCAGGCCCAGCAACACACUCCGCAAAGCGACCAGCAGCAGGGACAGCAGCAGGCCCAGCAGCAGGCCCAAAACCCCAAAGAGGACGAGCACUUCAACGAGUCUCCAGCACUUCCCCAGAAUUGGGCAGCUGGCCGCCACAACCAAGCAGUCGCCAGUGCUUCACAGAGCUCUCAAUCCCGACGUCGCCAUCGGCUACCAAUACCUAGUUCCCCUCCACCGGCAGAGCAGAGGCAAAGCCGCAGAGAUCGUGCCCCAGAAACUCCCCCUCGUGCCCCAGAAACUCCCCCGCGUGCUCAGGUAGCAUACGCCAGUGCUCCAGAAGCAUCAUCCCCAAUCUCUCAAGCCCGAUACACCGGCAGAAUGACUGAGGCAAACAAAGCAAAGAUGGCUUUAGGUUUGAUCAACCUCCCUAAAUUGUACACUAACAUCCGCAACAGCCUCAAAGCGGAGAUGCAGAACACCGGUUGGGUCAACAAAACCGUUUCCGGAGCAGUAGCGUUCAAUGCUUUAUGCCUCCAUGUGUUGAACAUACGCCCUCUCAGUGGUUUCCUGCCUAUGUGGAACGGAGGCGAUUCCACAACCCGCAGAGCACUCGCGGACGCUUUGAAGUGGCUCAUCGCUGAUGUUGGGCAGAAGGAAAAGCUAUCGAGGGGGCAGGGAAAUCGCGAGUAUAAAGAAGUUGCUGACGAUAGCGAUGAUGAUGAGGACGGUGGUCUGCCCGCCCAAUGCUCUAAGAAGCGUAAGCGGGACCCAGUGUCCGCAGAUCUCGAUAGACCUUCCAUAAUGGUUACGGUGGUAGACCCGGAUGCUCUAGGAGCAUUCUCCAGGGUUGCCCCGCCCCCUAUCUAUGACUGGAACCAUCGAAGAAAUCAGAAUUCGUUCAUUGGAGUUCUGACCAAGAUAACGUUUCCAGAGCUCUGCAAUUUGAUCCUGAAGCACACCCCACCCGGCAGAGCAAUCAGGAGUAUCUGGGGAGCACUCAAUAAUGUUCCACCGGCAUCCAAUCCUGCUGUUCGGCCGAUGGAGGUGCAGAUCACUGAUUCGGAAGAGGUCGAGGGUUGGUUGAAGAGUAGCGUUGGCAGACCUCGGAGGAUACUGGCGGUACUCCACAGAGCAGGCGCGGGUGCUAAUUUGGGUGGUGCUGAAACACCGCCGCUGACACGAGCAUUCCCUCAUAUCGAGGAAGACGAUUACACCACGAUCGAUAUUCCAGCAGAGGACUCUGAUUACGAGGAGGGAAAUCACCGCAUAAAUGCUAAAGGACUGAGGGUAUAUUUGCCCAGAACUGAUGCCAGUAAUCAAAGGCUAAUCCAGACUCUUGUUAGACGUCGCGAUAGACAGCAGGAUGCUAUCGACGACUUAGACCCCAAAUACCUGAGGAAGUAUCCUCUGGGUGUAGGGGUUGCUGACGCAAACUUUGCACAGGGAGUAAUCUGGACGCCUGCCGGGAUAGCAGCCAAGAGAGCUGCUGACGCACUCGCGGCUGCUGCUGGAGGCGGUGGUGGUGGUGGUGGUGGUGGUGGCAAUCCUCCUCCGGGCGGUGGUGGUGGUGGUGGUGGUGGUGGUGGUAAUCCUCCUCCGGGCGGCGGUGGUGGUGGUGGUGGUGGUGGUAAUCCUCCUCCGGGCGGACCUCCUCCUCCUCCUCCUCCUCCGGGCGGACCUCCGGGCGGUGGUGGUGGUGGUGGUGGUGGUGGACCUUCUGGAGGCGGUGGUGGUGGUGGUGGUGGAGGUGGUGGGCCAGCUGGAGGCGGUGGAGGCGGUGGUGGUGGUGAUGGUGGUGGGCAUCAUUAG